AUGAAGUCGAUUUUCUGUCUGCUUAUAUCAGCUGUGUUUCUCAACACAGGAGAUGCUUUCUUACAUUUCAGCAAAAACAAAACACAAGUAACAAAUGACCAUCGCAUCCUCGCCAACGUUAAAAUCUACUCAAAUCUUGCAGAAAUCAUUCAACCACUCGGAAAACUACCUCUCGAGUUCUCCGAAGAUGACUGGAGAGAUAUUCGUUCCGAUUCACUUACACUCGUCGGCUCCAACGUCACGGUCACACAACAAACUAUCACCGAAAAAAAACAGUCACUCAACAACGCUCAUGUCUUCGUUCGUGCGCCUUCAUCAUCCAACACCGAAAGCAAAUUCGUCAAAGCCACACUCGUCGAUGAAAAGCGAAAUCUCGUCAAGCUCAUCGACAAAGAUAUCAGUAAAGAGCCGAUCUAUUUCACUGCUUCAUCUGAUCACAUCGUAUAUGAAAGUGAUCCACCACAAUCGAAAUACUAUGUGAACUUUACAUUCGACACAAGUGAUGCCGUGUAUGUGAGUUAUCUUCGAUCAAAUCUCAACUGGAAGACCCGAUAUCAACUGAAUUUGUUUGACGAAUCGAAGAGUGUUGUUUUGAUCUCGAUGGCUGACAUUCGAAAUGAUGGUCAAUCACGAGUUGACAUUGAACAUGCUGAAUUAUUGGGCGGUGACAUCAACUUGCAAAUACAUUCGAACUCACAUUGGCGCGGUUAUAAUGCUGUGCCGGAAAUGGCCAUGGCUCGCACUUUCGCAGACGCAGGUUCAUCUCAUGCACCAACUAUUAGCAAGCCUGAGGAAGUUGCUGGGUUAUACGUCUUCGCGAUUAACACUCCUUUUUCUAUUGAAGGAAGAACUAACUACCUCUUGCCAAUGUUUCGACCACAUGUUACGGUUGAACGCUUUGCAUCAGUUUCUAAACAUUUUCACAAUGCUGGCGCAUCGAAUGGCAAAGCUCAGCGAUCGUAUCGGCUAUCAGCUGAUCGAUUUUUGUCGUCAGGAAACUGUGUCAUUCGUGAAUAUGAUCGUCUUGUCGGUGAAACAUCAUUACCAAAUUUAGCUGCAAAAGACAAACAUGAAUUUACAGUUGGUGAAGAUAGCGAUGUAACCUACAAAGAAAACGUUACCGUAGUUUCAUCACGCACUUUCAACGAUACGAAUCGUCGUGGAAGUUUUCCUGUGGAAGUACGAAAAGAAUCAGUGUACAACGUAAAUGUGGCCUUUAAAAACUUCAAAAAGAAUCGUCCAGUGAAAGUUGAAUAUAAACUCAACAACUAUGGUCAGUCCGUUAAAUUAGGAACGCCCAACACUGCUUGUACACAAGAUGGUUUGACAAUCAAAUGUGUUUUAACAUUAGCUGCUGAUGAAGAAAAAACUGUUUCUUACAAAUUCGAACACGUUGUUUAA